UGCUAAGACAACUCCUGUUAUUCCUGCUGCUGGGGAAGCUCUCCACUGGACAUGAGUACUACUCUUCUACAGAGGAGAUGGAAGAUCUUAUGAUUGUGGAUCAGACCCUCAUGCUGAACUUUGCCAGAUACAUCAGGGAAGAGAUAAAACACAUACACAAACUAAACAGAGUGCUGAAGGUCUUGCGGGGCCUCUCUGUUGACCAGCCAAGUGACCUCAGCAACCCCAUCACAGCCUACCAGCUGGUGAACCGAAUCAAAUGGAAGUUUAAUGACAUAGUGAGGUACACCCAACAGAGGCCCUCAGACGAUUUUCUGGAGGCCCUGUCCUCUACACUUAAAGACCUCCCAGAGCAGAAGGAGGUGGACAGAGUGGCACUGGGCCUCAUCAGACUGCAGGAGAUCUACAGGCUAGAGCCGCAAAGCAUCAUGGGACAUGGCCUGGCAGGUACGAAGCAGGCCUCCAGGUUACACCCAGACGAGUGUUUCCACGUGGCUAAGGUGGCGUACGAGAAUCAGAAGUUCCAGCUGGCCUGUCUGUGGCUGCAGGAGUCGUACCAACUCCUGCAGAAAGGGAAUGCAGCCAGGGUCUCCAUCAGUGAUGUGAGGCUUCUUUUCGCCUCGUCAGCCUUCAGCCUGGGGGACUUUGACACGGCCAUUGACCUCACCGAGCAGGUGGUGGACGAGGAUCCAGCUAAUGAAGAGGCCCUGCUCCAGCUGCUGAGGUACCGGCUCCACAGAGUCACCCAGCCGAUCUUCUUUAGGACCAUUGACCUUUUUACGAUACCAGAACCAUCCAACAUGUCCUAUGUGGCCCUGUGCAGAAGUCAGCGCAGCAGAAUGACCCCCCACAGACAGAGGGCGCUGUUCUGCAGAUACAGCACUGCAGGGGGGAACCCUCGCCUCAUGUACGCCCCGGUGAAGGAGGAGGACGAGUGGGAUCACCCAAGAAUCGUCCGCUACCACGACUUCCUGUCUGAACAGGAAAUGGACAUGAUAAAGAUGAUGGCCAGGCCUGAGCUUUCACGAUCCGAAGUUGUUAAUCUUGAAAAAAACGCAUAUGUUACGGAAAACCGUGUUUCUAAAAGUGCAGUGUUAUAUGAUGUCAUCGACCCGUCAGCCUCUCGCAUCAGUCAAAGGAUUGCUGACAUCACCAGUUUGGACAUGGGGACAGCGGAGAACCUCCAGGUCCUUAAUUAUGGAGUUGGGGGUCAUUUUGGUCCCCACUAUGAUGCAGGAGAAGGGAUACGAGAUGAAAGGGGUGACAGGAUUGCUACUGUGUUGAUCUAUCUGAGUGACGUGGAGGUGGGUGGAGCUACAGUGUUUCCUGAAGUUGGAGCUGCAUUACAGCCAAUUAAGGGAUCAGCUGUCAUGUGGUUCAACCUGCUGCAGAAUGGAGAGGUGGAUGACCUCUCUCUGCACUCUGGCUGUCCCGUGUUCAAAGGCAAUAAAUGGGUCGCCAACAAAUGGGUACGAGAACGAGGGCAAGAGUUCCGGAGGAGGUGCUCCUUAAACCCUUGGGAAUGAUACCAUACACACAAGCAGGCACACACACACACACACCAGAGUUUCCGCUAGAAAAAAAAUGGUGCCGAUCAAAGUGACCGGCAGAAGUUUCGCUUUCCGGACAUUUUGAUGAUAUGCCUAUUAUCCCUACUACGCAGCAUCCAGCACGAAUGGGUUAAACCCUAUGCUAUAGACCUUUUAUUAUUUUCUUAUUUCAUCAC